AUGGCAACCAACAUUACAUGGCACCCGUCUCUCUCGCGCGACGAGCGCAACAAGUUCCGCAAGCAAAAGGGCUUCACCAUCUGGUUCACCGGUCUUUCCGCAUCUGGCAAGUCGACAAUUGCGACGGCGCUUGAGCAGCAUCUGCUGCACCUGGGAUUCGCGGCAUACCGUCUCGAUGGCGACAAUGUACGAUUUGGGUUGAACAAGGACCUUGGAUUCACAGAGAAGGACCGAAAUGAGAACAUCCGCCGGAUUGCUGAGGUCGCAAAGCUCUUCGCCGACUCCUCCACAAUCGCCAUCACCUCCUUCAUCUCACCCUACAAAGCCGACCGCAAGCAAGCGCGCGACCUCCACGCCGUCACCACCGGCGAAGACUCCCCACUUGCCUUCGUCGAGGUCUUCGUCGACCUCCCGCUCGAAGUCGCCGAGGCGCGCGACCCCAAGGGCCUGUACAAGAAGGCAAGGGAAGGCAAGAUCCCAGAAUUCACCGGCAUCAGCGCGCCGUAUGAGGCGCCUGAGAACGCCGAGAUCCACAUCAGGAGUGAUCAGAAGAGUGUGGAGGAUAGCGUAAGGGAGAUUGUAGAGUACUUGCAGAGUAAGGGAUUAUUGGAGUUGCAAAAGUAG